ACAGGUACGUUUAUCCCAUGACUCGCUACGUGGAUGAAGACCACAUAGCCAUCAAGCCAAUGUCUCGCGAGUUCUUUGAAAUCAUCGACACCAUACUCAACUCCGAGUAUUAUACUCCCAAUCCUCACGAUGCGUGCAUCCUCGUUCCUCCAGUAGACACAUUGAAUGAUAAUAACCUGAGGAAGGAUAAGAUCGCUCAGACACUGGCCAUGCUUCCUUACUGGUCAGAGGGUGAAAACCAUCUCCUCUUCACCAUGUUGCCGGGAACACCUCCAAUAUUUGACACAACACUGAACUUGGCACAUGGCAAGGCACUCAUGGCUGGCGGAGGAUUUUCCUCGUUUACAUAUCGUCGGGGAUAUGACGUCUCCCUACCCGUGUAUAACCCAGCCCACCAAGACUCCCCUGUAGGAAGAAAGCCAGUGGCGUCCCGUCGCUGGUUUGUGGUAUCAUCACAGAUCAACCUCCAUCGAGACUACCGUGAGGAUCUGGAGGGCCAGCAUAAGAACAAACAGAUGCAGCAUAAUGAUUUGCUCAUCUUGGACAAGUGUCAGCCCUUCACUAACCUCACAGUCAGGUGUCAUGGGUCGAAGAUAUUUUCCUACCCAGAGGUGCUAAGGGUAAGAGCUUGAGGAUGCGCACAAAUUAUUUCAUGUUUGCAUUCAGUAAAACAUUUUUACUUAUACUUAUUAGUGGAUAAUUUUGGAUUUUGGAUAGCUGGUUACAUCCUCUCGUCUAAUACAUUACAUUUGUUAACGAAUCAACAAUCCCUUAAAAAUGCGAUAUACAGUACUGUAUUGGUGAAAGUCAAAGCACUGUAAUAUUGAUGUUUUCUGUUCCUUGGCCAUGAUAAGUGUGCUUCAGGCCGGGCUCGGGGAGUAGAACAACUCCCAGAGCCUUCGCCAGGUAUGCUCCAGAUAGGAUAGGUGGAUUGCUUGGGUUCAUUUGUUUCUGGUAAGGCAUUUUUUUUUUUUUUUUUUUUUUU